AACACCUAAAAGGUAGAGAGAAAGAAAAUGGUGAACGAUAAAAAGAUGCUUCCAAAACGUAUCAUACUCAUGCGCCACGGCGAGUCCGCCGGCAACAUCGACCAAGGAGCUUACGCAACCACGCCCGACCACAAGAUCCCUCUAACCGAAGAAGGACGAGCGCAGGCACGUGAGGCCGGUAAGAAGAUGAGAGCCUUGAUUUCAACUCAAAGCGGCGGCACGUGCGGAGAGAACUGGCGCGUGUACUUCUACGUGUCACCGUACGAGAGAACGAGGACAACGUUGAGGGAAGUAGGGAAAGGGUUCUCGAGGCGGCGCGUGAUAGGAGUGAGGGAAGAGUGUAGGAUUAGAGAACAAGAUUUUGGGAAUUUUCAAGUGGAAGAGAGGAUGAGAGUUGUGAAGUUGACAAGGGAACGUUUUGGGAGAUUUUUUUACCGUUUCCCCGAGGGUGAAUCUGCUUCUGACGUUUAUGAUCGUGUUUCAAGUUUCUUGGAGUCACUGUGGAGAGACGUGGACAUGAACAGGCAUCAAGUGGAUCCAUCUAGUGAGCUGAACCUAGUGAUUGUGUCCCAUGGGCUGACCUCUCGUGUGUUUCUGAUGAAAUGGUUUAAGUGGACGGUGGAAGAGUUCGAGCGGCUGAACAACUUAGGAAACUGCGAGUUUAGGGUGAUGGAGUUAGGUGCGGGAGGAGAGUACACUUUUGGAAUACACCACACCAAAGAAGAGAUGUCGGCUUGGGGCAUGUCUAAAGAUAUGAUUGAUGAUCAGAUGGUUCGUGUUGAUGGUUCUCGUGAAAUACUGAACGAUUGUUGUACAUUGCAUCUCGAUGAGUAUUUCGAUUUGUUAGAUGAGACUGACGAGGAAGAAGGAUGCUCUGAUUAUUGAUAUGUACAUUACUAUUGUAUUUGCUUCUGAAAAAAAAAAACUAAGAAUUAUCCCAUUUGUUGUUUGGUUCAUCACUUGUAAAUCAAGUUUAGUAGUAUCGAAUAUACAUGUUUCGUACAGUAAAAAGUGGUCUAAUUCCUCAACACCAAUUAGUG